AUGGAAACGUACGAUAAAUUGGUGAAAGUGUUCGGUGAUGAAGCCCUGAGUCGUGCUCAGGUGUUUCGAUGGCAUAAAAAUUUUAAAAAUGGUCGUGAAAGCGUCGGGGAUGAACCGCGAAGUGGGAGACCGGUUGAAGCUCGAACUGACAACAAUGUUCAGCGUGUGCGCAUUCUCGUGCAUCAGGAUCGGCGUUUAACCGUUUGA